AAUAUCUGUUUGGACGUCCUUCUUUCAUUUAAACGCCAUUGGAAGCUUCUCUCCGACUGUCAGCUCGUGGACCAAAUUCUUACCGUCUCUGAAGAUGAAGUUAGCCGCGCUGGUGCUGCUGGUUGCUGUUGGAAUGGCCCUCAAUGAGCAAAACUCCGAGGCUCUCACACCAGACCAGAUCAUCAAAAGUCUGAUGGGCAGUCGUCCGUACUGGAAAGUGAUGUAUGCUUUGGACAGCAGCGGCAGCAUUGACAGCACUGAAUGGACACAGUCCAAAUCAGCGGCCAGGGAUAUCCUUGCCAUCAUCAAUUACAUCCCUCAUCCUAAUAGUAUUGUCCCUAGUGGACAUAAGAUUGGUCUGGUACGGUUCUCUAGCACAACACCGACAACGGUCAUCUUCUCCCUGGGGACCUACCCGUACUACCCAGCCAAUGAUGCCGCUAUUGCUGCCGUGCCUAAAGUUGGUCAUCUUACAAAUAUGAACAAGGCUUUGGCGUUGUGUGAGCGUCAGCUUGGUCUCAAUGGCCGCCGCUUAGUCUGGAUGACCACUGAUGGUUACUAUAACGAGGGGGGUGACCCGAGGCCCAGAGCAACGGCUAUGAAGAGAACAGGAACGGUUAUUUGUGUCGUUGCUAUUGGCACAAACCCCAACAUGGCCGUAAUCAACGCCAUUGCGUCGUGGAUCACCUCCUUUGACUUCGAUAAGUGUGUGAAAUGUGUCCUUACAUACGACACCUAUGAGGCGUACUGGUCCGCCACGUAUGCUGCCAAACUGAGGGUGGUGGUACCAGAGGCUCAACCCGCCUUGACCUAAUCUGUUAUCCUUAUCUGCACAUAGGAUGAGAAAGCGCGGAGUAUUUUUCCGUUCAUUUUAGUACCGCGUGCUAUGAAUUUGUUUUGACUUUCUGUACAGAUCAAAACUGAACAUCUGCCUUCUUUAUUUGAACAAUUUCACUGCAUGCAGUGAAAAUGAAUUCUCUGUCAAUGAUUAUGUUAUACAAUGUAUUAUGUAUUUGUGUAGUUCUGAAAAGUAAGAUAUCUCAACACGCAAAGUGAUGGAAAAAAUAGAUGAAAAACACUACUACCACCUUAUUACCUUGAAGAUUUUUUGUGCUAAUAUUGUGAUGGGAUACUUCCCACUAAAUUUAAUGCUAAAAGAUCAUCAUCUACUACUAUGUAUUUGUACAGAUACUGGAUAUAAACUUCCCCAAAUGCUAUUUCAUUGGACUUUUUUGUUUUAACAAAAUUAAUAAAUAAAUUGAAUAAAAUUUA